UUGAACUGGUAAAUAACAAUGAACGGGAGGAGGUUGAAGUGCCAUAGUUGCUUUCUUCCGUUGGUUCGUAGCUAGCUAACAGCAAUGUCCAGUGGUUGCAGCGUGAGAGCAAUCUGGAUUCUCAACAACAUCGACGCCGUUGUUUUCUCCAGGAGAUUCCCGGUAGUAGAAAAGCGUUGGCGAACUUCUUGCAACGCCAACAAUGACACCACCGAUCAAAUCUUCUCCUCUUUACCCUCUGACUCUGAACUAGCUGAUGCUUUUCUCAACAGAAGACUUAAGGAAGGAUCUGCGCGUGGAUUUGGUAUACGAAAAAGCAAUUCAUCUCUUGGAUCAGAUUCAUGGGUGGAUGAUCCAAUUACUCGUCAUAUAAUAGGUCUUUACAUUAACAAAGAACGCCACGAUGAUAAGAAUCUUUUAUGGCCUUUAAUCCUGCACAUUAAGGGUCAUUACAGUCUACUUGUUCUGGCAAUGGUUGAACCUAAACAUGUAAAGGCUUAUGAAAGGUUAUGUAAAACACCUGACUGCGGUAGUUCUAUUGGUCUCGAUGAUAGUUUGUCUUCGCUAUUGCUUGAUCUUCCUGCAAUAACAGGGGCAUUUAUGAUUGCACAUACCAUUGGUGACAUAAUUACCGGUGACACAGUUGAACCUGAAGUGAUCAUGGCUGCAGCUCCCUCUGUUGGUGGACUGUUUGAUUCAUUAACUGGCAGUAUAGGCAUGUCUUCCCGGGCCAAACCUGUAUCUCCACAAGUUGCUUCUUCCUCUCCUUUGGGAACAAUUGGACAAGGAUCUGUCACAGCCGAUACUCCAAAAAUGGGGUCUAGGCCUUUAGACAAAGAUGCGCUCAGAACAUUUAUCAGUAGCUCAAUGCCCUUUGGCACACCCUUGGACCUUAAUUAUUCCAAUAUUUUUACCAUCAAGACGAAUGGCUUUUCCGCUUCAGAUUUGGCACCAACAGACCAGAAGCAACCAGCUUGGAAACCAUAUCUAUACAAAGGAAAGCAGAGAAUGAUUUUUACGACUCAUGAGAUUGUUCAUGCGGCUCUGUAUGAUAGAGAUGAGAUUCCGGAUAUUAUAUCAGUUUCAGGUCAAAUAAAUUGUAGAGCUGAUCUGGAAGGGUUGCCAGAUGUAUCAUUUCCCUUAUCAGGAUUGAACAUAGCAAAACUUGAGGUUUCUUCAUACCAUCCUUGUGCUCAAGUUUCAGACCAAGGUCCAGAUAAGCAGGGGGUUGUGUUUUCUCCACCGUUAGGUAAUUUUGUGUUGAUGCGUUAUCAGGCAACUUGUGCCCUUGGACCUCCUGUAAAAGGAUUCUAUCAGUUGUCAAUGGUUUCUGAAGAUAAAGGUGCAUUUCUAUUCAAGUUGCGUCUGAUGGAAGGAUAUAAGUCUCCUUUGACAAUGGAGUUCUGUACUGUGACUAUGCCCUUUCCUAGGAGGAGGAUUGUAUCCUUGGACGGUACUCCUUCCAUGGGAACAGUUUCAACUUCAGAGCACUCUGUUGAAUGGAAAAUUGUGACAAGUGGACGGGGGCUGACUGGAAAGAGUAUUGAAGUGACAUUUCCAGGGACAAUCAAGUUUGCACCAUGGAAAAACCAAACGUUGUCUUCCUCUAGGUCAUUCGUUGGAACAAUUGUUGAAGAUGAUAGUGAUAAUGAGGCAGAAAAUGCUAGCAACAUGGUUAACGAAGAACAUCUGAUGGAGAAAAUGAACAAGGAUCUUCCUCCAGUUGAUCUAGAGGAGCCAUUUUGCUGGCAAGCAUACAAUUAUGCUAAAGUAUCAUUCAAGAUUGUUGGGGCAUCAAUAUCUGGAAUUUCGAUUGAUCCUAAAUCUGUGAGCAUCUAUCCUGCUGUAAAAGCUCCUGUGGAGUUUUCAACUCAGGUUACUUCUGGAGACUAUAUUUUAUGGAAUACUCUUGGUAAGUGCCCACAUGUUGCCACAGUGUAAAAAUUGAAAUGCCCGCUGAGAGGCAUAUGAAUCUUAAUGGCGGGGCACCAUUAGAUGUCUCAUAAAAACUCUGAAAGGAUGUUUUUUUAUUCUUUGCCAAGUAAUGUGAACACAGCCAAUUGAAUCUGGUGUUUGAGUGGUUUGAUCAGAAAGUAACAAAUUUUCUUUUAUUUUCAAUAUAUCAAAUUGGCUAUUUAUUUAUUAAAAUGGUGUGACACAAGUAUAAAUAUUUGUGUCUCUUGACAAUUUGGUAGGAGAUUUGAUAUCUGGUUGGUAUACACAAAUAAAUGUUGGUACAGGUGAAUUCCUUGACUGGAUCUCUAUUACCUCGAGGAAAAUCCCUCUCUUAAAAUAAACAUUGGCCAGAUUCACUAGCUAGAAUUUUUCAUCACUUGAGCCACUAGAGAGAAUCCAUUAAGCAGGUGAGCUAUUUGGUGAUAAAUAAUCAAUCGGAGUGCAUCUUCAAUUUUCCACUUCCUUGUAUUGAUUUUUAUUUUAUAUUUUUAUGGAAAGAGAGUGUGUGGAAGUUGUUUAUUUCAAAGAGUAUAUUGAUUCAAACUAA